AUGUCUUCUUCUGACUUGGAAAAGGCUACUGAAGCUAAUUCUUUUGUUGUUGGUUCUUCGGUUUCCGCUGGAGAAGGGGUAAAGAAGUCUCCUUGGACCUCCCUUUUCUCCCCAAAGAAAUCAUGUACUAAGCUGAAAUAUUUUAAACCUAAUGGUAGAGAUGCUAAGGGGCAUGUGUGUGUUGCUCCUCCUCAAGAAAUUGUGGAAGAGGGUGCAAUAAAAUGGAGAACAUGUGCGGUAGGCUUUUUUCUUGGCAAAAGACCGCCAUUCUUGGCUGUUAAGAGAACUCUAGAGAAAAUAUGGGCUACUUAUGGCCUUACUGAGGUUAUGACUUCCGGCCAAGGAGCGUUCAUUCUUAGAUUCCAAGAUAUAGAUGGAGUUUCUAAAGCGGUGGAAGAGGGACAAUUAACCAUUGGAGGACAGCCUUUUCUUGUUAGGAAAUGGACUACAAACCUCCCCAUGCUGAUUAAUGAUGUAAAGAAGGUGGCUAUUUGGGUUAGAAUGUAUGGCAUUCCUCUUGAGUUUUGGACUCCAAAAGGUCUUAGCUACAUAGCUAGUGCUAUUGGAACCCCUCUUUAUGCGGAUUUUAUCACUGAAGGAGGGACAAGGCUGGACUUUGCAAGGAUAUGCAUUGAGACCAAAGUGGAUGCGAAAUGCCUGGAUUCCAUUAGUUUAACUCUUCCGAAUGGUGAAAGCAUGGUGAUAAAUGUAGAGUAUAGUUGGAAACCUCUAAAAUGCAAUGGUUGCCAAUGCUUUGGACAUUCCACUGCCAACUAUCCUUUUGCUUCUAAGGUUGAAGGCAACUCUACAUCUCGGAAACUUCUGAAGGAUGAGGUUGGUACGGUAGUGUCUAAGAAACAAUAUGGGAAAGACAACAUGAUGCAAGUGGCAAAAGGAUAUGAUAAGAAGGCCAAAGGCAAAAGUGUGGAGAUACAAUAUCCGGGGGUAAACACUCAUAAGAGUAAUAGAUUCUCGGUGUUAGCCCCUAUUGAGUCCCAUGGGCAACACAAAUGGAGCAUAGUGAUGCAUGAGGAGGGGAACUUGAAGAAAUCUGUUGAAGAUGUAAAUUCAAAAGGAAAGGACAAGGAGAAUACAACCAGCACAUCCAAGAAUUGUCAAGUCACGACAGUAAAUGGAAUUGUUCUGGUGUGUGAUGGAACCUCCACAAGUGGUGUGGAGGAUACGAAAAAUGAGGACUCUCCAACAAUAGUCCCAUUUGGUGGUAAGCUAAAGUGGAUGAGAUGA